AUGGCUGUUGGGCAACAAGUGUGCCUUUCUCCUGACUUGACCGUUGAGCAAGCCAAGCUUAGCGCGGGUACAACCAUCAACGUGGCGUCCUUGAAAAAUCAAAGGAAUAAGGGCGUGGAGAAAGUCGAGCAAUCCGGGAAUCCUCCAACUCUUGCUUCUGCAACUGCAGUUUCUGGUUCUCUCCCUCCUAGUACUAAUCCUGCUUCUGCAACUGCUGCUCCUUUUCCCAUCCAAUUGGACCCAAUCGAGCCCAGCAGCAUGGAAGGCGAGGGGCACAAGCCGAGGAGAGGAGCUUCACCAGGGGUGGGUGGAGCAGGGCCGAAGUGCCUUGAUUCUGAUGCUGGCGGUAGCAUGGAAGAGGAGCGGCACAAGCUGGAGGCUCCAGUUCCGACAAAAUCUGUUAAAUCAGAGCUUAAGAGUGUUGACUCUGAUGCUGGCAGUAGCAAGGAACAGGAGGAGGUCGUAGUGAGCGUAGAGAGCUUAGCAGAGUCUGUUCAGAAAUUGAAAGAGCAGUUUAAGAGUGUGGAGGCGGUGUGCUUGACACUCCAGACCAAGAGUGUUCGACUGGGACAGUUAACUGCGGCAGCUGGUGGGGAAGCAGAGCAAGUGGAAGCGAAAGAGGAAGAGGCAGGUGCUGGUGGAAAGACAAGCUUCUUACAGCCCAUUGAGGAAUUGGAAGAGCACUUGGGAACUCUUAAGGUGCUGCAGAGGGAAGUAAGUUCUGCAGCCCAGACCGGCCAGAGUGAACCGAGUCAGCCUGAUGAGGCCAACAAAGGGGCAGCAGACGAAGCAAGGGCGGAAGAAAGUCCAAAGCCGCGCCAGCUGCUGUCUCAUGCCGAUAUGGUUCACUACUUAGAUGUGACGAGCAGGUGGGAUGAGGAUCUGUGUGUGUGCUGCUUUGACCGUGCUGUGAGUCAGAGAGCACGGCGAGCACUUGCGAUUAAAGACCUUGAUGAGUUGCGUUGCCACCUGCGCAAGCUGCAGCCUCGUUCCAUCCCCGCAGCAGCCCCGGAGCAGCAGCAGCACAACCAGGCCGCUUUUGAGUCCUGUAACGGGGCAUUGGUGCAGGCGCUACGAGAGCAACAUGGAGCUUCCCAUCAGAGUCAGUCUGCGCAGAAGCCAGGGAUGGCGCCUCGCCUUUGUGCGGAAGCAAUGGUUCUCGAGUGGAUGGCUGAGCCUCGUGUGGGCGUGCUCAUGGACCUGGGGAGGAUCAGAUCCCGCCUGCCUGCUGUUUUGUUUUCCUACUCGUCUGCCAGGCCAGCAAUCGUCGCUGAGCUGGGGGCGAGCAGGCAGAGGGAGGGUGACAAUUUCGCUUCCAUGCUGGUGCAGGUGCUGGGGGUGAAGGAGAGUGCUAAUCUGCAGAAAGGGUUUGGGUUCUUAGUGCAGCAACUGCUGUCAGGCGGGCUGGAGAAGGCGCAUGCAGAGAGUAACGAGGGAGCUCGGGGUAAGGAUGCUAAGAAAACGCAUGUGGAGGGGAAGGAAAAGGGGAAAGCGGAGGAGAAGGCUGCUGAGAUUACGCAUGUGGAGGGGAAGGGCAGACAGGAUGCGUCACAUGGGGAGGACGAUGGGAGACAGGGAGAGGAAGAGGCAGGGAGCAAGGAGCAUGGUGAAGCCCCUGAGAAGCUGGCCCAGGACCCUCCUCAGCACACAUCUGAAGCAGGAAGGGAUGGCAGGCGUGCAAAGGAUGCAGAAGGCCAAGGAGGUAGUCACGAAGGUGAAUGGAGCAUGGCGCGUGGGAUAGCUGAAGCUGGAGGGGGCAGCAGGAGUGCAAGGCGGAGAGACUCCAAGGCAAUAGAGCUAGGAGCUUGGGAGGAAUCCUUGAAGAGCAAGGCGCGUGCGAUAGCUGAAGAAUUUCUGACCGCUGAUGUGAGAAUGACAGUGCUACCACCGCCCAGAAGGAAGCUUCCCAUCGUUCGCUGCCUGGCAGAUGUGGAUUUUCUGGUAAAGGUAACUGGGUGCGUGAUGGACCCCCCUGCAUGCGCCCACUGCAAGGCAUGCUCCGCAGAUUUCAUGCUAUACGCGUGCACCGUUGCUCUCAUCGCCAACUUCGCUUACCGCCCCGUCAGCCAUCUGUUCUCCCGCGUGCUCUCCCUCUUCCCGCCGCCCUCCCGGGCUUUGACGAGCUCGUUGACUGCCUCGAGUUCCUUGCGCGCCUGCGCAGGCCCUUGA